AUGGAAGAGACUUGCUAUAUCUGUUUCGACGACAUUGAUGCUUAUCUCAUGUUUCUUGCUUGUGCACAAGGUCAUAGAUUUUGCUUAACUUGUGUGAAAGCACAUAUCGAGGUGAAGCUUCGUGAUCGAAAGAUACCGACAUGUCCUCAGUAUCGCUGUAACUCUCAGCUAUCUAUAGAUGUAUGUGGGGAGAUAUUGACUGAAAAGCAGAGUUUGAUGUGGAAGCUGAUGAUUAGAGAGGUUUCGAUGCCUCAUAGUCAGAGAGUUUACUGUCCAUACCAAAAAUGCUCGUAUCUAAUGUCCAAAACCGAGCUUUCUUCUUCAUUUGCUGAAACUGGACGUAGGAGAUGCUUCAGUUGUGGUGGCGACUUCUGUAUCAACUGCAAAGUUCCGUGGCAUAGUAUGCUAAGCUGCAGCUUUUACAAGAUGUUGCAAAUUGAAAACGAUGAUGCGAAGCUAAAGUCUAUAGCAAAUCAUAAACGGUGGCGUCAAUGUGAUAACUGCCAACACAUGGUUGAACGUUCUUCCGGAUGCGACAGAAUAACUUGCAGGUGUGGAUAUUCUUUUUCCUACACCUCUGGAGCUAAACCGAUCCGCUUAACCGAAUUCAAUGAGGGUCUUGGUGGUGAGAUAAUUGCGCUUAUCGUUUAA